CGGGUAGGGAGAAGCACGAGAAGGAAGCGCAGGCGCUGCAGAAGCAAGAAAGCCAGAAGCAAACCAGCAAGAGGCACCAACAGCGCGGGCGGGUCACGCGAGGGAUAUGUAUGAGAUGUUAUGGCUACGAUUGUGGUGCGGUUCUGACGCGCCGAUGCGAGAGGUUGGGCGACCCAUGGCAUGAUACGCCCAGCGCAGCUUAUUACAGGGGAAGCCUAGCCAACCGGAAGAGCCUCUGCGCAGGAAGCUUUUCUUUGCAGGACAACCUCAAAUUACUCUUUGGGUAGUCCGCUGCUCCGGGUGCCUUUCCCAACUUGGUCUGUCAGUCAGGGUCGUGGUGGUGUGGCCAUGUUUGUUUCUGGAGUAUCCGUAAGAUAAGGCUGAUCAUGGCUGAUGCUGAUGAACUGACAGUGAGACAGUGGGACAGUGGGAGCGGGAAGCAGAGAAACCACAGAAGGAAUCCAUCCAUCCAUCCAUCCAUC